CUUCUAUCAAAACCUGGGAAUCGCCUUCCGCGGUCUUCCAUCAUUUGAGUCUCCGCUCCCUUCCCACUCUUUUUCCAACCACAUCUCUUCUCUGUCUAAAGAAACACCGUUUAUCCCGUCAGUAUGGCCCAUUUCUUAAGGGGUAAACAGGCUGGCGUCGCAAACGACCUGUCAGAAGGCCUGUCAUCGGACCAGUUCAUCCUGGACGGCUUGGCUCGAUAUGGUAUAAAUUCUCAGAUCAGCGCGAUCGCAUACGAUCCGGUUCAGUCGCUCCUGGCUGUCGGUACCAGCGAUACGCAAUACGGAAAUGGUCAGAUAUACGUUUUUGGACAGCGACGGGUGUGUGUGACGCUCAACUUCCCUCGGAAAACAUCUGCGAGGUUUUUGGCAUUUUCCGCUUCCAAACUCGUCUGCAUUGACUCCAAGCAUGAUAUCAAUAUCUUCUCCCUCGAAACCAAUAAACUGUUGUUGUCUCAUGCCCCUCACAACUUUGUCACUUCCUUUACGACCGACCCGAGCCUUGACUACGCCUUCAUUGGCCUGCAGAAUGGUGAUAUCAUUGCGUUCGAUCUUGACCGCGAAUCUGUAACGCCAUUCAGAAUACCUAAUCUUUGGACCGAACGCAAUCCGCGAGCACGGCAGUCCCCUGUUGUUUCUCUGGCCUUCUCUCCGCGUGAUAUUGGCAAACUUGUGGUAGGAUACCCAGAAGGAGCCGUGGUAUUUUCUUUCAAGCAGAAUAUAGCACAGAAAUAUUUCGUCUACGAAGUUCCACCGGGUGCUUUGGGCGGCAACUCGACCUCGCCUUCUGCGGAAUUACGCAGACCGAAACUCACAAAGGCAUUAUGGCAUCCGAAUGGAAUCUUCAUAUUGACAGUCCAUGAUGAUACCAGCCUGGUUUUAUGGGAUGGCAAAGAUGGUCGCAAAAUCAUGGCUAGGACCAUCGAGGCUGCUAACGUUGACCAGCUAAGCACAGGCCCUGAGAGGCCUAGCUCCCUAAGCUCUACCGACAUUAAAAAUCCUAUAAUACAGGCUGCUUGGUGCGUCAAAGCAAACACGGACGACACUGGUUUAUUGAUUGCCGGUGGCAAUUCGGCGAAAAUGGGGAAGAAGGCUCUUACUUUUUUGGACUGGGGAUCAACUCCGAACUAUCAAACGUCCUCUUGGCAAAUGCUCUCAAGAUACUUCGAGGUUCCAAAACAGCAAAUAUGUCUUCAAACACCACCAGGCGCUGAUGUUGUGGACUUCUGCCUCAUUCCGCGUUCUUCACCUUACUACGCCGGUGCGCACGAUCCAAUCGCCGUUCUUGCCUUACUGUCAUCAGGCGAAUUGGCCACAUUGAGCUUUCCCAGUGGCUACCCAAUAAGCCCUACCAACAUGCUCCAUGUCUCUCUUUCCUUUGUCCACCCUUUUGUGAACAAAGUUACAUUGACACCAGUCGAGCGUGGCGCUUGGCUGGGUCUGAAAGAACGGAGAGCGCAGGGUCCCAAGUUUUUGGAAGGGGGUAUAUCUGCAAAGAAGCUCCCAAAACGUUUUGAGGACAGGAACAUCGUGGGUACUGCGCAUGGGGAUGGAACCAUACGUCUUUGGGAUGCGGGCCAUAACGAUGAGAUUGAGAACCCAGACGUAAUCCAAGUUGAUCUAGCCCGAGCCGUUGGUCGCGCGGGACACAUUGAAGUCACCGAGAUGUCAAUGUCUGGGGCAACGGGUGAAUUGUCAGUUGGCCUUCGCACAGGGGAGGUUGUAAUCUUUAGAUGGGGAACCAAUGGGAGCUUUGGUCAUGAUGAAUCUCCGGGAGAGAACGGCGGACCCGGGACGUUGACCAAAAUUUUGCACAGGGCUGACCCAGGCCUGAAACAAGGGCUAAUUCCACUUACCCUUCUGGAGAUGCAAAGUGGCCCAGUGACCGCAAUAAAAAACAGCGAUGUUGGGUUCGUCGCUGCUGGAUUUGAAGGUGGCAGUCUUGCGAUCAUUGAUUUGCGCGGCCCAGCAAUCAUUUACACAACUCACAUAUCUGACUUCAUCAAGUCAACGAAACGGGGCAGUUUCCGACGUUCUCGCCAAUCUGAGGAAUCUCGUUCAGAGUGGCCUACUAGCAUUGAGUUCGGUGUUUUAACUUUAGAAGGGAAAAGCUAUUCGAGCAUUUGCUGCUUCGUCGGUACAAACCGCGGGAAUCUUGCAACGUUCGAAAUUCUACCUUCGGGCAACGGAGCGUAUACGGCCUCCUUUGCCGGGGCUGUCUCGGUCGAUGACAAGGUCGUAAGCAUUUGCCCUAUAAAUACGGACACUGGUAAUCUCGCUCUAGCUACUCCAAAUACUGUUGGAGGUCUAAGAGAAGGCCUCAAGUUCAACGGCGUUAUCGUCGCUGUAACGAUAUCUGGUUGCAGGAUAUUUAAGCCCGCAACAGCCAAGGGUGCUUCCAAGACUUGGGAUGAUUAUCUGUGCGAUGCUGCAUCGGUAGUGAAACCCGAUGACAAGGGUUGUAGCCUUGUUGGACUUUUUGGGGACGGCAAUAUCCGAGCAUUCUCCAUACCCAGUCUGAAAGAGAUCGGCUGCAGCAAAAUCAGUCACAUUUUCGACAUGAGGCGGCUUUCCAGCUCUAUUAUUUCGCCUGCUGGUAUCGUUUUAUCCUGGCUUGGCCCUUCUGAGGUCGGAUUGUUCAACGUGUGGGGAGCUGGUAUUGAACUGCCAUCUUCUGAAGAUAAACUCUUCAAUGAGCAGGCUGUGGCUCCUCCACGGCCUACCAUUUCCAACGUUGAAUGGAUUUCAGGGACCCAAUAUGUGUCUCCUGCUGAUAUGGACAUUCUUAUCGGAGGACCCGACCGACCGCCGUCAAAGCGCAUGGUAGAACAAAUGCGACUUGAAGAACAAGAAAGACGGAAAGCUUCCAGGGAACAACGGCAAAUACCCGGCCAAUCCUCGAGUCGAGCUGAUGAAGGAUACUGGGCUGGCCUUCAACGCCAAGUACAGGAGCGUACAGAGCGGCUUGGUUUUACAGGUGACACUAUGGACAGAUUGGAGGAAAACAGCAGCAACUUUGCCAAUGAUGUCGACAAAUUUAUUUCAGCUCAAAAGAGGAAAAUGGCUCUUGGCUUGAUCGGAUCGAAGUUAGGAUUUUAACGAGGAACAUUUCAAUACUGUCGUUGUUGUUUCUUGGCGUGUAUAGUAGCAGACCCUACCUACUUAUGAAAUGGAACUUAUUAUGGUCAACUCAUCAAUAUAUGUCUAGUAUUUCAUGGAGAUGGCAUCUUCUGUUAGAUACAUACGAGCUUGCUUCUUGACCAUCAACGCCCCGCGAGAUCAGUGUCGGGAAAAGACCAACCUCCUUCCAUUUGACGUCCAGCCGACUGGCCGUGCUUCUUGAUCAAGAGAAAGGCGCUCAUUCAAUCCUCAGGAAAUCUUGUAUUCGUUAGGAGUGAAUGAAGUUGCCCAUCUCGCGCUAUAUUCGCUCCAGAUUUCUCUGAACAAAGCCUUGUAUCUAUCCUUCGCCUUCUAUCUCGAUCCAUGCAACUCAUGAAUCUCCCGGAACAGCGACGCCAGCUAAGUCCGCUCACGGUUCGCCUCUGCUUUAUCGAUAAUCUUGUCGUACCGCUUGAGAAGAGACUGAAGCUGAUGGAAAUGCUUGCGAGUCUGCCGCAUACUGUCCCUCCUAUGGCAGGUCUCGCCGAUGCAUGGUACCCGUAGAGGAUAUGCGAGAUAGAUAUUAAUAUUGCGGGGUAUUUUCCUGUCGGGUCGAAAACGAUGUUCACAGAGAUAUGUUUAUGACGAUGAACAGGACGAUGGCUUUGGGAGGAGUUGACAGACUCAGGAUCUCAACGCUUGACGGAUGCAAGUAUAGCUAUGGCUAUGGUUGCAACUAUAGUGAUGGACAUGGAUGGAAAUAAGAAGAGUCAUGUCAUGUCAUGGGUUGGCUGGUUGACAUGUUGCGGUUGGCAGUGAAUGACCAGAUACCGGAAUAUUAAUAGAUGCAGUAAGUACUUACUGACUGAGCCUUGCUGUAUGCAGGAUACCUCCGUCGAUGCAACCCCAUACGGAGCUUUCCAGCCUCUCUUCUCGUUGCUCGUAAUGUAUGGGAGGGAGGUACCCCUUUGCUUUCUCUUAUCGAAUGCUUGAAUGGCGAUGCUCUCGCUGGAUAUAUCCCAUCUCAAAGUCCUGUGAUUUGCUAUAUCUAGUGAAGGUAAUUCAAGCAGGUAAGGUUAGAUUUGGUUUACAAACAUACUAGCUAGCCAUGCCUUCUUUAUUAUUCACCGGCGGUUCAAUACGUUGGGGGUAGAUAUGAGUGAGAUGAUAGCGCCGAGAGUAGGUAGCACAUAGGUAGACUAAAGGAAUGGAGAUGAGUUCGACUCGAUGUUGG